UGCAUAUGAAGUUCAACGAAUUUUUUAGUAUAUAAGUUGGCAUAAUUUCAUAUUCGAAAUCAGAAUCAAGUCAACACUUCUUGAGUGUGUCUAGCAGCUUACAGCAAAUCUUUUUCUUUACUUCUCAAAUCCUUCUCCACUUUAAUCAGCAAACAUGAAGUUCGUUGUUGCCGUAGUCAUGUUGGCUCUUGCCGCCGGUGUACACUCCUCCGUGUUGACCGCUCAGAUCGCACCAGCUGUGUCGUAUGUGACCUCUUCAUUGGGCGGUGGCCCCCUGUUGGCACCUGGUGCUUGGGCUGCUGGACCUACCGCAUGGGGUGGCGCCGGUGCAUUGGGACUCGGCCUCGGUCUCGGCGGCCGCGGUUUACACGGUGGCAUUCCCGGCAUCUCACUUGCUCAAGGUCCUGGCGCCGCCGCCAUCGCUGCUCCGCUUGCUGCCCCGAUUGCUGCUGCUGCUCCUCUUGCCGUGGGUCAUGGCGCGGGUGUGUAUGUGGCAAAGACACGCGGUGCCAUUCACACUGCUCCCUUGGCUGGUCACAUCAACUCGGCGACUUCUUUGAACUUGGCACCCGCACCAGGCACUUGGUAAACAAAUACUUCGAUAUUGUUUUAUAAUGUUUACCAUCGAGAUCACCGCAUAUUAGUUCACAUCUAAACACACGCAAAAAAAAAAUCAUGCAUGGUUGCAUGCUGUCAGCAGCCAUACUUAAUACAAAUUUGACGACUCUGAUGACUAAGGAAGGAUGCCACCGCACUAACUGUUUACGAAUACUUUAGAGCGAGUUACAAAUUUCCGCCGUUUCUGUAGCCCGUUUCCGAUAUCCCGCAACCCACAUCCUAAAGCACAUACCGACAUUUAUAUGCAACAUAUGUUUAAGUCAUAUCUAUGUUUUUUAUGUUUAAUAAAUAAUAUAAUAUGUACAUGGUACACAUAUAUAAA